AUGUCUUUGAUCAAUAAAGGAGCCGCCUUGGCUCUGUUUCUAGCGUUGACCAUGGUGGUCAACGGCGUUUUCGGUGGAUUCAUCGUGGAGAAGAGCAGCGUCACGAUUCUAAACCCUUUGUCAAUGCGGUCGAAGCACGACGCAGCCAUCGCUAACUUCGGCGUUCCAAACUACGGUGGUUACAUGAUCGGCUCCGUCGUCUACGCCGGCCAAGGAGCUUUCGGUUGCGACUCUUUCGACAAAACAUUUAAACCCAAAUUCCCUCGUCCUACCAUCUUGAUCAUCGAUCGUGGAGAGUGCUACUUUGCAUUAAAGGUAUGGAACGGUCAAAAAUCCGGCGCAGCAGCAGUUCUAAUAGCUGACAACGUAGACGAGCCAUUGAUAACAAUGGACUCACCAGAGGAAUCCAAAGAAGCUGAUGACUUCAUAGAGAAACUCAGCAUUCCCUCCGCAUUAAUCGACCAAUCUUUCGCCAACACACUCAAGCAAGCUCUUAAAAAAGGAGAGGAAGUAGUCCUCAAGAUAGACUGGAGCGAGUCGUUGCCUCAUCCGGACGAGAGAGUGGAGUAUGAGCUAUGGACCAACACGAACGACGAGUGCGGUGCGAGGUGCGAUGAGCAGAUGAAUUUCGUCAAGAACUUCAAAGGGCACGCGCAGAUUCUCGAGAAAGGAGGGUAUGCUUUGUUCACGCCUCAUUACAUUACAUGGUUUUGCCCUAAAGAUUACGUGUCCAGCAAUCAAUGUAAGUCUCAGUGUAUAAACCAAGGGAGGUACUGUGCUCCUGACCCUGAACAAGACUUUGGAGAUGGAUACGAUGGGAAAGACGUGGUUUUCGAGAAUCUGAGACAGUUGUGUGUUCAUAGAGUGGCUAAAGAGAGCAACCGGUCUUGGGUUUGGUGGGACUAUGUGACUGAUUUUCACAUCAGGUGUUCUAUGAAGGAGAAGAAGUAUAGCAAAGAAUGUGCAGAGAGUGUUGUGGGAUCUCUUGGUUUACCACUUGACAAGAUCAAGAAAUGUAUGGGUGAUCCUGGAGCUGAUGUGGAGAAUGUGGUUUUGAAAGCUGAGCAAGCGCUUCAGGUAGGACAAGGAGACCGCGGAGAUGUCACAAUCUUGCCAACAUUGAUCAUCAACAAUGCUCAAUACCGCGGUAAACUCGAGAGAAAUGCGGUACUAAAGGCUAUAUGUUCAGGGUUUAAGGAAAGAACCGAACCCGGGAUCUGUCUAAGUGGAGACAUUGAAACAAACGAAUGUCUUGAAGCAAAUGGAGGAUGUUGGCAGGACAAUAAAUCUAAUGUAACAGCUUGCAAGGACACAUUUAGAGGAAGAGUUUGUGAAUGCCCUGUUGUGAAUGGUGUGCAGUAUAAAGGAGAUGGCUAUACUUCAUGUGAACCUUAUGGACCUGCGAGAUGUUCAAUGAAUCAAGGAGGCUGCUGGUCUGAAACCAAGAAAGGCUUAACUUUCUCCGCUUGUUCGAACUCGGAGACAUCAGGAUGUCGUUGCCCUUCAGGCUUUAAAGGAGAUGGUCUUAAAUGUGAAGACGUUGAUGAGUGUAAGGAGCAAUCAGCUUGUCAAUGCGAUGGAUGCAAGUGUAACAACAAAUGGGGAAGCUUUGAAUGCAAAUGCUCUGGCAAUCGUCUCUACAUGAAAGAACAAGACACUUGUAUUGAGAGAAGCGGAUCAAGAAUAGGAUGGUUCUUCACAUUUGUGAUCCUAGCUGCAGUUGCUGGUAUCUGUGUAGGGGGUUACGUGUUCUACAAGUAUCGUCUCAGGUCUUAUAUGGAUUCAGAAAUUAUGGCGAUUAUGUCUCAGUACAUGCCAUUGGAGAGCCAAAACACAACCGAUCCAAUGACUGGUGAAUCUCAACAUCAACAGCUGAGAUUAACUUCUGCAGCCUAA